AUGAAGCCGUCGCUCUCGCUCGCUCUUGUCGCUCUGGGAGCGGCACUUUCAGACGCUCGGUGUAUUCGCAAGUCAACCACUUCGACAGCAGCCGUGUCCAAGAUGGCCGCCUCUACGAGUGCCGAGUCCAGUCAGGCUGACGCACAAACAAAGGCGCCGCUGGCAACUUGGAUAUGGAACACGACCUUGAUCACAGAUGCCUCCCAGAUGACUUACUUCUUCACGUUUGCCAAGGGCCAGGGCCUGCAGAGGGCGUAUCUACACGUCGACGCGGACAUAGACAACUCCUAUUUUGAAAGUUUUAUUCAACAAUGCAACACCAGCGGGAUCGUGGUGGAAGCACUCAUGGGCAACGCCGAGUGGAUCUUGGGGGGCGGCACGCCCAGUCUGCAAUCCAACCUGGAUUGGAUCGCGCAGUACCAGGGCAAUGCGUCUGCCAGCGCUAGAUUCUCCGGGAUUCACAUGGAUAUCGAGCUGUGGUCCCUAAGCGACUGGCAGUCGAUGCUGGGUACAUAUAUUCCCGCGUGGGAGAGCAUCGUUACGUACGUGUCCUCGUUCGCAAGGUCACUCGGAAUCACCACUGCAGCCGACCUGCCUUUUUGGACAUAUACCAUGUCCGAUCCCACGACCGGUGAGGCCAUGGACUCGUGGAUGCUGAAUGCUCUGGACUCGGUCACCUUCAUGACGUACCGCAACACGGUCAACGAGCUGUUCCAAGUGGCAGAGAAGCCGCUGACGGCCGCUGACGCAGCUGGGAAGCCAGUCUACGUGGCUGUCGAGACAGUGGCCAGCACUGAGGCAAGCGUCAGCUUCAAGGGCCUGGCAACGGUGACGUCGCUCUCCACGAGCCUCCAAAACAUCACGAUGGAGUGCUCCAACCACACGAGCUUUGCGGGCGUUGCCGUUCAUGAUUAUGCCGGGUGGGUGGCUUUGGGCUAG